UAUCAUAUUCACACUAGCUUUGCAUACUAACACGUCUCCAAGAAGAUAAUUCACCAAAUCUAUUGACUAUGCUGAUGUCUCUAUUCGGAAUAUGUUCUCUACUAAGUCUGGAUGGAAAAGUACAAUCAAACAGUGCUGAGUGAAUUCAUUCUCACGGGAAUCACAGACCGCUCUGAGCUGCAGGCUCCGUUAUUUGGGCUCUUCCUCGUCAUCUAUGUGAUCUCAGUGGUGGGCAGCUUGGGCGUGGUCAUCCUCACCAAAGUGGACUCCGGGCUACAGACACCCAUGUACUUCCUUCUCAGACACCUGGCUUUUACUGAUUUGGGUUAUUCAACUACCAUAGGACCCAAAAUGUUGGUAAAUUUUGUUGCAGAUCAAAAUAAAAUCUAUUAUUUUUGUGCUACACAACUAGCUUUCUUUCUUGAGUUCAUCAUUAGUGAACUUUUCAUUCUGUCAGCAAUGUCCUAUGACCGCUAUGUGGCCAUCUGUAACCUUCUGCUCUACACAUUCAUCAUGUCACAAAGGGCAUGUCAGGUGCUGGUGGCAGUCCCCUAUCUCUAUUGCACAUUUGUUUCUCUUCUAGUCACCACAAAGAUAUUUAAUUUAUCCUUCUCUGGCUACAAUGUCAUUAAGCAUUUCUACUGUGACAGUCUUCCUUUGAUAUCUUUGCUCUGUUCAAACACUUGUGAAAUUGAACUGAUUAUUCUGAUCUUAGCAGGUUUUAACUUGAUUUUCUCCCUUCUGAUAGUUCUCAUGUCUUACCUGUGCAUUCUUGAAUCCGUUCUCAAGAAGAACUCUGCUGAAGGUAGGCAGAAACCUUUCUCUACCUGUGGGUCCCACCUGACAGUGGUCACAGUGUUCUACAGGACUUUGACAUUUAUGUAUGUGCAACCAGAGUCCAGUCAUUCCUUUGACACUGACAAAGUGGCUUCCAUAUUUUACACCCUCGUCAUCCCCAUGUUAAAUCCCUUGAUCUAUAGCCUGAAGAACAAAGAUGUGAAAUGUGCCCUACAAAGGAUGUGGAAAAAACUAUGCAAUGUUUUCUCUUAAAGUUUACAUACAAUAUGAGUCCUACAAACUGGUUAUGGACCUUAAAUUUUGCUCUGUUUGCCUCCAAAAGAAAUAGUGAGCAUUAAUGAGUUCAACACAUAUUUAUAGAUUGUCUUACAUAUGCCAGGUAUUUCUAAUUAUUGUAAAUAAAUUAAUGAACAAAAGAGUAAAAAUAUUUGACUAUCUUGAGUGGGAACUAUCAAUUACAUACAUAAGUAAAGUAAAUGUUAUAACACAGUAGGAUGUGUUAGGUGGAUAUAGACCAGAAAAAAGCUGUCAAUGAUUCUGGUAUUUUUCUCAUCUAUUAGAAUAAAAUUGUAGAGUGUGUGUCUGUACUUCUA